UCGCGUGCUUGGCUUGUGGUUUUGCUUCCUCAAAAUGUAAACACUGGGAGCUGGUUUUCUAGCUAGAUACACAGUAAGUAUCAAACUGAAAUGCCAACUUUUUUGUUAAAUUAUUUUACAUGUAUACAUUUCUUCGAACGAGUCUCGGAUCUAUGUUGUUAUACCGGAGACUAAAAGCAAAGUUAAAUUAUUAGCGUGACUGCUAGCUAGUUAAACAAUGUGUAAAUUAGUUCGCUAACGUUAGCUAGCUAACUGUUUGCGCUUUGCUUUGGCCAACUCCAUUGCUUUCAUUGUAAUCCAAACAUGUUUGCCAUGACACUUCCACAAGGAGUUGGAUGGGGUAUAGAUUAGCUAGCUAGUUAGUUAACUAGUUAGCUAGCUGGGGGUUCAAGGUUGGUAAACUGCUAGUCGGCAACACUAACGUUACCGUUUCGAUUCAAGCCUUUGUCUUUAACUAAAAUGACAAAAUGAAUGUCUUGUCCAUUCAAAUGAAGCAUUUCAGGAAGACAGUGCGGUUGUUAACUACGCUGGGAUGAGUUCAAUUUCCUGGUGGUCAAAAUGGAGAAUAAAGGGACUGAUGAGGUGGAGAAAUUGAAGACAAAGUUCUUGUCAGCAUGGCACAAUGUGAAGUACAGUAAGUGCAUCGUAAGGGUUAUUCCAGACCCCUUUAGGCUACUGUUAUCCUCUACACGUCGUUGUCUCAAUCCUUCUAAUGUAAUUGACCACGGCCAUUUAAAACAGGCUUUGUAAGAUGUAACAGCUGUCAGCUGAGUUGUCAUUCACUUCAGCACAUGAUAGAUGUGAUAAUUAUCAGAGCAUGUGUGAUUAUUCUGAUAAGAAUCAACUGUGGCUGACUCUGCAGUUUCUCAAGCAUGUGUUCAUACUCCAUAUCCUUUUUACACGGAUCCUCUGUCUGACCCUAGAAAUACUAUCUGUGUUCCUUAAAUGUCAGUGUUGUCAAGUAGUAGUUAUAAUAUACACUGAACAAAAAUAUAAACGCAACAUGUAUAGUGUUGAUCCCAUGUUUUAUGAGCUGAAAUAAAAUAUCCCAUACAUUUUCCAUAUGCACAAAAAGCUUAUUUCUCUCAAAUGUUGUGCACAAAUUUGUUUACAUCCCUGAUAGUGAGCACUUCUCCUUUGACAAGAUAAUCCAUCCACCUGACAGGUGUGGCAUAUCAUGAAGCUGUUUAAACAGCAUGAUCAUUACACAGGUACACCUUGUGCUGGGGACAAUAAAAGGACACUAAAAUGUGCAGUUUUGUGACACAACACAAUACCACAAAUGCCUCAAGUUUUAAGGGAGCGUGCAAUUGGAAUGUCCACCAUAGCUGUUGCCAGAGAAUUGAAUGUUCAUUUCUCUACCAUAAGCCGCCUCCAACGUCGUUUUAGAGAAUUUGACAGUACGUCCAACCGACCUCACAACCACAGACCACAUGUAUGGUGUCAUGUGGGCGAGUGGUUUGCUGAUGUCAACAUUGUGAACAGAGUGCCCCAUGGUGGAGGUGGGAUUAUGGUAUGGGCAGGCAUAAGCUACGGACAACGAAACACAAUUGCAUUAUAUCAGUGGCAAUUUGAAUGCACAGAGAUACCUUGACGAGAUCCUGAGGCCCACAAUCAACAGCCUGAUCAACUCUAUAUGCGAAGGAAAUGUGUCGUGCUGCAUGAGGCAAAUGGUGGUCACACCAGAUACUGACUGGUUUUCUGAUCCACGCCCCUACCUUUUUUUAAAGGUGUCUGACCAUCAGAUGCACAUCUGUAUUCCCAGUCAUGUGAAAUCCAUAGAUUAGGGCCUAAUGAAUUUAUUUCAAUUGACUGAUUUCCUUAUAUGAACUGUAACUCAGUAAAAUCUUUGAAAUUAUUGCAUGUUCCGUUUUUAUAUUUUUGUUCAGUGUAAUAAUAUAUGCCAUUUAGCAUAUUAUUUUAUCCAUGAUCUACCAACUGAGCUACAGAGUUCAUUCACAACUACCCACCCUAUGACUAACUAACUAUUUCGUUCUGAUCUUUAGGUUGGGCUUUGAAGUCAAAAACCUACUUUAGCAGAAAUUCCCCAGUGUUCCUUCUGGGGAAAUGCUACCAUUUUAAGGCUGAAGGUAAGGUAACACACACACUGAUUUUCGGUCUGCAUUGCUGUGUUCCUUUUCCGAAUAGACUCAUACUCACCGGCUCCUUUUCAGUAUGUGAUUUAAGUGAUUGAUCUGAUUUGAAUGUGAUUUCAUUGAUCAGUCGUCUCCUCUCAUUCUCAGAUGAGGAUAGCCCAACAGAGAGCUGCAGCACUGAGGCCUGUGAUGCAUCCCCCGCCACAGGGGGUGACGUGGAUGCCUUCCGGAGGGACUUUGCGUCCCGUGUGUGGUUGACCUACAGAGAGGAGUUCCCUGCCCUGCCAGGCUCCACCCUAACCUCUGACUGUGGCUGGGGUUGCAUGCUGAGGGCAGGACAAAUGAUGCUGGCUCAGGCCCUCAUACUACACUUCCUGGGCAGAGGUCAGUGGGAUGGCAGUGGGCCAGGGUCGUGUUCAUUAGGCACUAAAUGGAAGAAAACCUUUUGAAAUGGGGAGGGACUACCAGGGGUAUACUCACUAGGAACCAAAAGGAAGAAAACGGGUUGAAACGGUGAGGGACUAACCUGAAAUUGUCCAAUAAGAAUUUAUAUUGCUACAGUUUAAACAGUUGCGUUCUUGCUACGGUUUGCUACAUUGUGCACUAAUGAGUACACCCCUGUACUUGUCCAGUAAGAAAUACUUAUUUUAGUUUUCCAUUGCAAAAAAAUUAAAAAAUAAACACAUUUUCUGUUGCGUGCCCUAAUGAAUGCAAUCCAAGUCUAUAGUAUGACCCUUAUAUCUCUUACAAAAAAAGGGAAAGUCUGAGGUUCCUCAUUCCUUGUGGGUACUUUGUCAAACAAAAUCUGAGAAUUUCAUAAUUUAAUGAGUUUCAUCAUUGAAAUGCUUUCUCUGUUCUUCAGAGUAGGAUCUCUUGAGAUUCACACUAAAGAAUAGGAAACUCAUUUACUACCAUUUUAAUGCAGCCAUUUAGAAAACAAUAUUUAAGCCUUAACUUGUUCUUCCACUGAAUGUGAAAUACAGUAUGUCAUUAAAUACAUCUUUUAAGCUAUAAAAUGACUAAUGGCCACUUAAAGAUAUUUAUUGAUCAAUUUCACUUCUUUCAUUCACUCUGCAAGGUCAUUAUGUUAAUGCCUGGUGCCCUAGUCCGUCUCCUUUAUGGCAUUGGCCACUCACACCCUCGCCACCCCAUGUGCCCACCCUGUUUGUAGGGCUAAAACACUGUAAAAGUGAAAUACUGGACAUACUGAAAGGCCUAUAAUUGGACUAUUAUACCAUAGGGUUUUCUAAUUCUCUUAUUUAAAGUCAAACUGGACAAUCUGUUAUAGCAGAAGAUUUAAGCCAAAACUUUAUUUCCUGAGUUCUGAAAGACUCUAUUCUAAGAGUCUUUGGUCUGGAGAAUGUGGUUCAGUGUCUGAGGCGUUGUCAUAGACGACAGGCCAAAUAUUUUCAGUUUGAUCAUUUCCACAGUCGAGCUGAGAGCCAGAAUGCCAGUACCAUUUGCUGUAGCUUUAACUUUUCUUGUGCUGAAUGUAGCCUACAUUUUGUUUUCUCAAGAUAUUGGCAUAUUUGCAGAACAUAAUACGUGCCGCAUACAAAUGUUUUAUAAUUAAAAGUAUUUCCUUCAAUAGCAGAGUGUUCAACUAACAAAGUGGAAAAUAUAUACAUCUGAUCUAAUAUUAUUUGUCACAUGCGCCGAAUACAGCCCUUACAGUGAAAUGCUUACUUACAUCCCUUAACCAACAAUGCAGUCCAAGAAAUAGAGUUAUGAAAAUAUUUACUAAAUAAAAUAAAGUAAAAAAUUAAAAUAAAAAGUAACAUAAUAAAAUAGCAAUAACGAGGCUAUAUACAGGGGGUGCCGGUACCGAGUUAAUGUGCGUGGAUACAAGUUAGUCGAGGUAAUUUGUACAUGUAGGUAGGGGUAAAGUAACAUAGAUAAUAAACAGCGAGCGAGGAGCAGCAGUAUAAAAACAAAGGGAGGGGUCAAUGUAAAUAGUCCCGGUGGCCAUUUUUAUUAAUUUUUCAGUAGUCUUAUGGCUUGGGGGUAUAAGCUGUUAAGGAGCCUUUUGGACCUAGAAUUGGCGCUCCGGUACUGCUUGCCGUGCAGUAGCAGAGAGAACAGUCUAUGACUUGGGUGACUGGAGUCUUUGACAAUUUUUUGGGCCUUUCUCUGACACUGCCUAGUAUAUAGGUCCUGGAUGGCAGGAAGCUUGGCCCCAGUGAUGUACUGGGCCAUAUGCACUACCCUCUGUAGCGCCUUACGGUCGGAUGCCGAACAGUUGCCAUACCAGGCGGUGAUGCAACUGGUCAGGAUGCUCUUGAUGGUGCAGCUGUAUAACUUUUUGAGGAUCUGGGGACCCAUGCCAAAUCUUUUCAGUCUCCUGAGGGGGAAAAGGUGUUGUCGUGCCCUCUUCACAACUGUCUUGGUGUGUUUGGACCAUGAUAGUUUGUUGGUGAUGUGGACACCAAGGAACUUAACUCUCGACCUGCUCCACUACAGCCCCGUGGAUGUUAAUGGGGGCCUGUUCGGCUCUCCUUUUCCUGUUGUCCACGAUCAGCUCCUUUGUUUUGCUGACAUUGAGGGAGAGGUUGUUGUCCUGGCACCACACUGCCAGGUCUCUGACCUUCUCCCUAUAGGCUGUCUCAUCAUUGUCAGUGAUCAGGCCUACCACUGUUGUGUCGUCAGCAAACUUAUUGAUGGUGUUGGAGUCGUGCUUGGCCACGCAGUCGUGGAUGAACAGGGAGUACAGGAGGGGACUAAGCAUGCACCCCUGAGGGGCCCCCGUGUUGAGGAUCAGCCUGGCAGAUGUUGUUGCCUACCCUUACUACCUGGUGGCACCCAUCAGGAAGUCCAGGAUCCAGUUACAGAGUGAGGUGUUUAGUCCCAGGGUCAUUAGCUUAGUGAUGAGCUUUGUGGGCACUAUGGUGUUGAACGCUGAGCUGUAGUCAAUGAACAUCAUUCUCACAUAGGUGUUCCUUUUGUCCAGGUGGGAGAGGUCAGUGUGGAGUGCGAUUUGAGAUUGCGUCAUCUGUGGAUCUGUUGGGGCGGUAUGCGAAUUGGAGUGGGUCUAGGGUUUCCGGGAUGAUGGUGUUGAUGUGAGCCAUGAUCAGCCUUUCAAAGCACUUCAUGGCUACCGACGUGAGUACUACGGGUCGGUAGUCAUUUAGGCAGGUUACCUUCGCUUUCUUGGGCAUAGGGACUAUGGUGGUCUACCAGAAACAUUAAGGUAUUACAGACUCUGUCAGGGAGAGUUUGAACAUGUCAGUGAAGACACUUGUCAGUUGGUCCGUGCAUGCUCUGAGUACACGUCCUGGUAAUCCGUCUGGCCCCGCAGCCUUGUGAAUGUUGGCUUGUUUAAAGGUCUUGCUCACAUCGGCUACGGAGAGCGUGAUCACACAGUCGUCCGGAACAGCUGGUGCUCUCAUGCAUGCUUCAGUGUUGCUUGCCUCAAAGCGAGCAUAAAAGUCAUUUAGCUCGUCUGGUAGGCUCGCGUCACUGGGCAGCUCGCGGCUGGCUUUCCCUUUGUAGUCCGUAAUAGUUUGCAAGCCCUGCCACAUCCGACGAGUGUCAGAGCCGGUGUAGUAGUAUUUAAUCUUAGUUCUGUAUUGACACUUUGCCUGUUUGAUUGUGACAGAUCAGUGACACGUGACUUCCGUCUCGCUUCCGCAUUGUCUCCGUGCUGCUCUGCUGUUUGUUGCUACUUGGCUACCUGCCAAACUAUUCACGUUUUACUUUUAAUAAACGUUUAAUCAAUCUCUGUGUUCAACAAAUUUACCAACUUUUUAGUUUUGUCCUCACUCAUCUUUUUUCGUUAAACUUUUUCACCCCGGACGUUUAUCCCGAGACAGAAGAGUCAUUUUCCUGUGCGUUUUAGCUGCCAACUUUACGUUAUUUUCCGUUUUUCCAUCGCAACUUUUUUUCCCUUAUUCAACUUUUUCACUCCGGACGCUUUAUCUGGACAUGGCUCAUCAACAUCUUCAACAGCCGAAGCUAAGUAGUAACAUUAACAUGAUGUCUUUUAAUUGCAGUCGCUGUACUCAUAAUAUACAGGAGAAUUCUCGCCUUACGGCGAGAAUAGCUGUGCUACAAGCCCAGCUUCAGACGCAAUCGUUAGGCAAGAGUAUUAUCAGUGUAGGAAAGGAAGAAACAGCGUCUGUGCCACCAGUAAGUACAGACAGUAACGUUAGUAUAACUCCCCCCGCACAGUCCCUGCAGCCGGACAACUUUCUCAUGGCUUCUGGAGGGAAAUACUGUUGGAAUGCUCAACCGGUGUCGCUCAUUCAGCCGACAGAAACCUUCAACCGGUUUUCCCCAUUAUGUAGCGAGUCGGAGUCUGAGUCUGAGUCUUCUCUAGUCUCUACUCCUCCCGUUACGGGGUCUGAGACGCCGAAGGCUCCCACCAUUAGCUCUGACAAAUUGAAAACCCUAGUCAUUGGCGACUCCAUUACCCGCAGUAUUAGACUUAAAACGAAUCACCCAGCGAUCAUACACUGUUUACCAGGGGGCAGGGCUACCGACGUUAAGGCUAAUCUAAAGAUGGUGCUGGCUAAAGCUAAAACUGGCGAGUGUAGAGAGUAUAGAGAUAUUGUUAUCCACGUCGGCACCAACGAUGUUAGGAUGAAACAGUCAGAGGUCACCAAGUGCAACAUAGCUUCAGCGUGUAAAUCAGCUAGAAAGAUGUGUCGGCAUCGAGUAAUUGUCUCUGGCCCCCUCCCAGUUAGGGGAAGUGACGAGCUCUACAGCAGAGUCUCAGCACUUAAUCGCUGGUUGAAAACUGUUUUCUGCCCCUCCCAAAAGAUAACAUUUGUGGAUAAUUGGCCCUCUUUCUGGGACUCACCCACAAACAGGAUCAAGCCUGACCUGCUGAGGAGUGACGGACUCCAUCCUAGCUGGAGGGGUGCUCUCCUCUUAUCUACCAACAUAGAUAGGGCUCUAACUCCUUUAGCCCCACAGUGAAAUAGGGUGCAGGCCAGGCAGCAGGCUGUUAGCCAACCUGCCAGCUUAGUGGAGUCUGCCAAUAGCAUAGUCAGUGUAGUCAGCUCAGCCAUACCCAUUGAGACUGUGUCUGUGCCUCGACCUAGGUUGGGCAAAACUAAACAUGGUGGUGUCCACCCUAGCAAUCUUAUUAGGAUAAAGACCUCCUCCAUUCCUGCCAUUAUUGAAAGAGAUCGUGAUACCUCACAUCUCAAAAUAGGGUUACUUAAUGUUAGAUCCCUCACUUCAAAGGCAGUCAUAGUCAAUGAACUAAUCACUGAUCAUAAUCUUGAUGUGAUUGGCCUGACUGAAACAUGGCUUAAGCCUGAUGAAUUUGCUGUGUUAAAUGAGGCCUCACCUCCUGGUUACACUAGUGACCAUAUUCCCCGUGCAUCCCGCAAAGGCGGAGGUGUUGCUAACAUUUACGAUAGCAAAUUUCAAUUUACAAAAAAAAAAAUGACGUUUUCAUCUUUCGAGCUUCUAGUCAUGAAAUCUAUGCAGCCUACUCAAUCACUUUUUAUAGCUACUGUUUACAGGCCUCCUGGGCCAUAUACAGCGUUCCUCUCUGAGUUUCCUGAAUUCCUAUCAGACCUUGUAGUCAUAGCAGAUCAUAUUCUAAUUUUUGGUGAUUUUAAUAUUCACAUGGAGAAGUCCACAGACCCACUCCAAAAGUCCUUCGGAGCCAUUAUCGACUCAGUGGGUUUUGUCCAACAUGUCUCUGGACCUACUCACUGCCACAGUCAUACUCUGGACCUAGUUUUGUCCCAUGGAAUAAAUGUUGUAGAUCUUAAUGUUUUUCCACAAAAUCCUGGACUAUCGGACAACCAUUUUAUUACGUUUGCAAUCGCAACAAAUAAUCUGCUCAGACCCCAACCAAGGAGCAUCAAAAGUCGUGCUAUAAAUUCUCAGACAACACAAAAAUUCAUUGAUGCCCUUCCAGACCCCUUCUGCCUACCCAAGGACGUCAGAGGACAAAAAUCAGUUAACCACUUAACUGAGGAACUAAAUUUAACCUUGCACAAUACCCUAGAUGCAGUUGCACCCCUAAAAACGAAAAACAUUUGUCAUAAGAAACUAGCUCCCUGGUAUACAGAAAAUACCCGAGCUUUGAAGCAAGCUUCCAGGAAAUUGGAACGGAAAUGGCGCCACACCAAACUGGAAGUCUUCCGACUAGCUUGGAAAGACAGUACCGUGCAGUACCGAAGAGCCCUCACUGCUGCUCGAUCAUCCUACUUUUCCAAAUUAAUCGAGGAAAAUAAGAACAAUCCAAAAUUUCUUUUUGAUACUGUUGCAAAGCUAACUAAAAAGCAGCAUUCCCCAAGAGAGGAUGGUUUUCACUUCAGCAGUGAUAAAUUCAUGAACUUCUUUGAGGAAAAGAUCAUGACCAUUAGAAAGCAAAUUACGGACUCCUCUUUGAAUCUGCGUAUUCCUCCAGGGCUUAGCUGUCCUGGAUCUGCACAGCUCUGCGAGGGCCUGGGAUCGGGAGAGACACUUAAGUGUUUUAGUACUAUAUCUCUUGACACAAUGAUGAAAAUAAUCAUGGCCUCUAAACCUUCAAGCUGCAUACUGGAUCCUAUUCCUACUAAACUGCUGAAGGAGCUGCUUCCUGUGCUUGGCCCUCCUAUGUUGAACAUAAUAAACAGCUCUCUAUCCACCGGAUGUGUACCAAACUCACUAAAAGUGGCAGUGAUAAAGCCUCUCUUGAAAAAGCCAAACCUUGACCCGGAAAAUAUAAAAAACUAUCGGCCAAUAUCGAAUCUUCCAUUCCUCUCAAAAAUUUUAGAAAAAGCUGUUGCGCAGCAACUCACUGCCUUUCUGAAGACAAACAAUGUAUACGAAAUGCUUCAGUCUGGUUUUAGACCCCAUCAUAGCACUGAGACUGCACUUGUGAAGGUGGUAAAUGACCUUUUAAUGGCGUCAGACCGAGGCUCUGCAUCUGUCCUCGUGCUACUAGACCUUAGUGCUGCCUUUGACACCAUCGAUCACCACAUUCUUUUGGAGAGACUGGAAACCCAAAUUGGUCUACACGGACAAGUUCUGGCCUGGUUUAGAUCCUACCUGUCGGAAAGAUAUCAGUUUGUCUCUGUGAAUGGUCUGUCCUCCGACAAAUCAACUGUACAUUUCGGUGUUCCUCAAGGUUCCGUUUUAGGACCACUAUUGUUUUCACUAUAUAUUUUACCUCUUGGGGAUGUUAUUCGAAAACAUAAUGUUAACUUUCACUGCUAUGCGGAUGACACACAGCUGUACAUUUCAAUGAAGCAUGGUGAAGCCCCAAAAUUGCCCUCGCUAGAAGCCUGUGUUUCAGACAUAAGGAAGUGGAUGGCUGAAAACUUUUUACUUUUAAACUCGGACAAAACAGAGAUGCUUGUUCUAGGUCCCAAGAAACAAAGAGAUCUUCUGUUAAAUCUGACAAUUCAUCUUGAUGGUUGUAAAGUCGUCUCAAAUAAAACUGUGAAGGACCUAGGCGUUACUCUUGACCCUGAUCUCUCUUUUGACGAACAUAUCAAGACUGUUUCAAGGACAGCUUUUUUCCAUCUACGUAACAUUGCAAAAAUCAGAAAUUUUCUGUCCAAAAAUGAUGCAGAAAAAUUAAUCCAUGCAUUUGUUACUUCUAGAUUAGACUACUGCAAUGCUCUAUUUUCCGGCUACCCGGAUAAAGCACUAAAUAAACUUCAGUUAGUGCUAAAUACGGCUGCUAGAAUCCUGACUAGAACCAAGAAAUUUGAUCAUAUUACUCCAGUGCUAGCUUCCCUACACUGGCUUCCUGUUAAGGCAAGGGCUGAUUUCAAGGUUUUACUGUUAACCUAUAAAGCGUUACAUGGGCUUGCUCCUACCUAUCUUUCCGAGUUGGUCCUGCCGUACAUACCAAUACGUACGCUACGGUCACAAGACGCAGGCCUCCUAAUUGUCCCUAGAAUUUCUAAGCAAACAGCGGGAGGCAGGGCUUUCUCCUAUAGAUCUCCAUUUUUAUGGAACAGUCUGCCUACCCAUGUGAGAGACGCAGACUCGGUCUCAACCUUUAAGUCUUUACUGAAGACUUAUCUCUUCAGUAGGUCAUAUGAUUGAGUGUAGUCUGGCCCAGGAGUGUGAAGGUGAACGGAAAGGCUGGAGCAACGAACAGCCCUUGCUGUCUCUGCCAGGCCGGUUCCCCUCUCCACUGGGGUUCUCUGCCUCUAACCCUGUUGCAGGGGCUGAGUCACUGGCCUGCUGGUGCUCUUUCAUGCCGUCCCUGGGAGGGGUGCGUCACUUGAGUGGGUUGAGUUACUGACGUGAUCUUCCUGUCUGGGUUGGCGCCCCCCCCCCCCCUUGGUUUGUGCUGUGGUGGAGACCUCUGUGGGCUAUACUCGGCCUUGUCUCAGGAUUGUAAGUUGGUGGUUGGGGAUAUCCCUCUAGUGGUGCGGGGGCUGUGCUUUGGCGGAGUGGGUGGGGUUAUAUCCUUCCUGUUUGGCCCUGUCCGGGGGUUUCUUCGGAUGGGGCCACAGUGUCUCCGGACCGCUCCUGUCUCAGCCUCCAGUAUUUAUGCUGCAGUAGUUUAUGUGUCGGGGGGCUGGGGUUAGUUGGUUAUACCUGGAGUACUUCUCCUGUCUUAUCCAGUGUCCUGUGUGAAUUUAAGUAUGCUCUCUCUAAUUCUCUCGUUCUCUCUUUCUCUCUGAGAACCUGAGCCCUAGGACCAUACGUCAGGACUACCGGGCAUGAUGACACCCUGCUGCCCCCAGUCCGCCUGGCCUUGCUGCUAUUCCAGUUUCAACUGUUCUGCCUGCGGCUACGAAACCCCUACCUGUCCCAGACCUGCUGUUUUCAACUCUAAAUGAUCGGCUAUGAAAAGCCAACUGAGAGACCUGAGCCCUAGGACCAUACGUCGGGACUACCGGCCGUGGUGACUCCUUGCUAUCCCCAGUCCGCCUGGCCUUGCUGCUAUUCCAGUUUAAACUGUUCUGCCUGCGGUUAUGGAACCCCUACCUGUCCCAGACCUGCUGUUUUAAACUCUAAUGAUCGGCUAUGAAAAGCCAACUGAGAUUUAUUCCUGAUUAUUAUUUGACCAUGCUUGUCACUUAUGAACAUUUUUGAACAUCUUGGCAUGGUUCUGUUAUAAUCUCCACCCGGCACAGCCAGAAGAGGACUGGCCACCCCUCAUAGCCUGGUUCCUCUCUAGGUUUCUUCCUAGGUUUUGCCUUUCUAGGGAGUUUUUCCUAGCCACCGUGCUUCUACACCUGCAUUACUAGCUGUUUGGGGUUUUAGGCUGGGUUUCUGUACAGCACUUCGAGAUAUUAGCUGAUGUAAGAAGGGCUAUAUAAAAUAAAAUUGAUUGAUUGAUUGAUGGUUCAUCUGAGGGCAUAGUGGGAUUUCUUAUAACCUUCCGGAUUAGUGUCCCACUCCUUGAAAGCGGCAGCUCUAGCCUUUAGCUCGGUGCGGAUGUUGCCUGUAAUCCAUGGUUUCUGGUUGGGAUAUAUACCAGGUGUUAAAAAAUCCCUUUGACCCUCCUCCUCUGUCUGUGUGCCUCAGACUGGACAUGGUCGGAGGCGUUGGCUCUCCAGCCUCUGGACACAGAGACCUGGACCACCAGUGCAGCCAAGCGUCUGGUGGCUGGCCUGGAGGCCUCACUGCAGGGGGAGAGGCCCUCGGACCCAGGGCCAAUGCUUCAUGCUCUGGGGGCCCCUGGGGGAGCGGAGGAGGCUGACACCCACCUGAGGGAGGUCUACCACCGCACCCUGGUGUCCUGGCUUGGGGACAGCCCCCAGGCACAGCUGGGUAUCCACAGGCUGGUGGGGUUAGGCCUGGUGUCUGGGAAACGGGCAGGGGACUGGUAUGGCCCUGCUGUGGUGGCACACAUCCUGAGGUGGGUCUGGUUCUAGGGUUAUAUUAAUGCUGUUUCAACCAUUCUUGGUGGCCACCAAAUAACAAUAUUUCUCUCUCUUUCCCUCUCUUUCUCUCUCUUUCUCUCUCUUUCCCUCUCUUUCUCACUCAGAAAAGCUGUAGAGGAGGCAACAGACCCUGGGCUGUCGGGCAUAACUGCUUAUGUUUCCCAGGACUGUGCAGGUAUGACAGAUGAACCACCUCUGGGCCCAGGGUCUGGGCAUGUCAUCAGGAGAAACACAGAGAAACACAAUGUAGAAGGACAGUGGAUAUAGAGCUGGAAUAUAGAGAGGGAGGAUGGAGGGAGAGGAUAGAUGGAGAGAGGGGGAGGAUAGAGGGGGAGGAUAGAGGGAGAGAGAGAGAGGGGGGGAUUUUAGAGAUAGAGAGAGGGAGGAUAGAGAGAGGGAUUUGAGAGGGAGGAUAGAGAGAGGGAUUUUAGAGGGAGAGAGAGGGAUUUUAGAGGGAGCCGAGCGGGCUUUUCGCGGCCGCGCCGGGCUUUUUCGUGGGCGCGCGGGCUUUUCGUGGGGCGCGCGGGCUUUUCGCGGCCGCGCGCGGGCUUUCGCGGGCGCGCGCGGGCUUUUCGCGGCCGCGCGCGGGCUUUUCGUGGGCGCGCGGGCUUUUGCGCGGGCGCGCGCGGCGGCUCCCGCGGGCGCGCGCGCGGGCGGCGCGCGCGCGCGGGGGGGCGGCCCGCCCGCGCUGGCGGCUCGCGGGCGCGCGCGCUGCUCCCGCGCGCGGCUCGCGCCGUGCGGGCGGCUCGCGCUCGCCUCGCUGGAUAGAUAGAGGAUAUAUAGAGAGAGAGGAUAAAGAGGAUAGAGGGAGGAGAGAGAGAGGGGGAGGGGGAGGAUAAAGAGAGGAGGCUAGAGAGAGGAUAGGUAGAGAGAGAGAGCUGUCCAGGAGAGAGGUGACAGGAGGCUAACCUCCUCCAACCCUCCCAUCCUAAAUCCUCCUCCAUCCAAUAACCUGGAUUUUGAAUGGUCAUUCUUCUCAACAGCGAGUGAUUGGGACUGGUUGUGUGAGAGAGAGGAGAAUGUUAAGAUGAGAGCUGCAGGAUCUAGAGGAGAUCAGUGCUGGUAAAAUAAUAGGGCACUAUAAGAAUGAGUGAUGUGGACAGCAGCAGUGGAUUACACUCUCACUACUGUACAGAAUGCAGACACACUCUUAUGAUUGGAGACCUGGGUGAGAGAGCAGAAGUUGCUCUAUAGCCUACCUGUGUAAUAACACUCGACUGCGUCUGUUUAGAAAUAUUCACUUUAUAGUAAGAACAUUCAUGAUCAUUGCAAAUGUCCUUCAAUUUGUAAUUGCAGGGUUUAGAGGCAGGCAGAUGACCAGGCAGACGUUUGACCCCUGUCUGACCUCUGGUAUUGAUCCCCCAUAGUGUACAGUGCUGAUGUCAUCGAUAGCCACCAGUCGUGUGUGGCUGGGGGAGCCGAUGCCCCGCCCCUUACGGACAGCCGGGCGGUCAUCAUUCUCAUCCCAGUCCGGCUGGGGGGAGAGAAGACCAACCCAGAGUACUUCAACUUUGUCAAGGUGGGAAAAACAAUAGCAUAACCCUUUUAGGAUGAUCCUGUCUAGAAUAUAGAAAUGAGUGAGUUGUGAUUUGAAAAGCACUAAUUAAACUAAAGGGAGUUGUGAAUGUACAGAAAACACAUACACUUACUAGCACAAUGUGAUAUCAGACAGAAAAAGGGACCUGUAGCUUAAUCAGAGAGCCUGUGUGUUAGGGAAAAUACAGACACAGUACUAUAUUUGCAUUCCGAAUUCAGAUGAAAGGUUGUGUCUGCAGGGAAGUGUCCUAUAAAAAGCAUGAGCAGACGCACACCCUGAAAGGUUUGAAGAGUAACGGAGAAUAAAGUGGAUGAAAAUAAAAAGUUUCAAAUAGAUUGAAUGGGUAAACUUCAUCACCAACGCUUCAGCAAUGCCUUUUUCAGAGUUUUAUUUUUUUCUUCACUGCGUUGCAAACGUUGGUGAUGAAGUUUACCCAUUAAAUAGUUGGAAGUACAUAUAGUGUGCGAAUUUCUUUAAUUUAUUUUGUCUUAAACGCCCAGUGCAGUCAAAAACGUUUGUCCUGUGUGUUAUAUAUAUUUCCACAAUGAGGUUGGAAUAAUACUGUGAAAGUGUGAAAAUUAUGAUCAUCACUUUUAGUGUAAGAGCUAUUUGAAAAGACCGCCUGAAAUUUCAGCCUGUUUUGGUGGGAGGAGUUUUGGCCAGGUGGUAAAUUAGUUAAUAGAGUUCCAAACCUCUCUGCUAAUAACAGCUAAUUUUUCAGUUUUCCCAGACAGUCAUAGCAAAAUUAUUGCUUGAGAAAACGCUAUUUUUGUGCCCAUUUUUACCAUUUUAAUUUAAAACAAUUACAGUAAGGUACUUAAUUGUUACCCAGACAUGAUUUGAUAUUGACAUAAAACAAAAGGCUUUACCAGCACAGCUGCUCAUGAUUAGUAGACCCCCUUCCCAGCUAACUUAGAUCUGACCGUAGACAGUAUUUCUUACAGCAGUACAUAAACCUGUUCUAAAUGGCUGAGUAUUUGACCGUGUGUCCCCUGGUCUCCAUCCUCCUCAGAGCAUAUUGAGUCUGGAGUACUGUAUCGGCAUCAUCGGGGGCAAGCCCAAACAGGCCUGCUACUUCGUUGGCUUUCAAGGUUAGUGUUUUACCCAGCAACCAACCAGAGGACUAAAGACUAGAGGGAAGUGGAGAUAAUUUACCCUACUGUCCCCUCUCUCUUCUCUUCUCUGUAUGAAGAGACAAAGUGAAUGCAUUCGUGUUUGUGAGGAGAGAGGAGAGUAUAGGAGAGGUGCGUGUGUGUGAGAAACAGCACUUAUUUUAUUUUCUCUGACCCAUCAAAGCCCUACUCAUUUAUCACAAUGGGUAAACCUUCCAAGUUGUGUCCGUAAUUGAUUUCCAUAGGAGACAUUAUGCAUAUCGUUUCAUUCUCAUCCAUCCAGUGGGGCCCCAGAGUGAGCCACUCUCCAUCACCUUCAGCGGACGGGAGGAACCUUCAGUGGUACAUCUUGGCAGUCAAUAUUUACACAUUUACAUUUGACCGAUUUGAAAUACAGUGCCGGAUGAUGUCUAAAUGACAAGCCAUACAUUCUCCCUGCCAAGACGCCACUCUGGCCUGCAUACAUCAUAUGCAAAUGGACGAAUAUAAUUGCGUGUUUGUAAAAGUAAUUUCCCCACACAAAAAUUUAAUGACAGCCCCCUUUCUGCGGCCGGGGGUAAAAAAUGUGCUUGUAUACAACAGCAUUCGAUUAUGCAGAGUUUAAUCCACCCUGGUCGAUAUUAAAAAACAGGAGGUGUAUUUGACUGUAAGAAUGCUAACAGUAGCCUAGCAAAAUGACUUUUGAGUUACUCUGCAUAGAAAUUGGGGGGGAAGGAGUACGUCGUCGCUUGUCGGUGUGGUAGCGUUUGUAAUAAUCAGAUGUUUUUGAAUAACUUGUCUUUUGUUUUGUCCUUGCAGAUGACAGCUUGAUUUACAUGGACCCUCAUUACUGUCAGUCUUCUGUGGAUGUCAGCACUAACCAUUUCCCUCUUCAGGUAAUGGGAAAUCACACUGAGCUGACUGGGGCUCAGUAAUGGGAAUUUAAUAGUUUCUGUUAGUACUUAAGGGUAUGAAUCCUAAAGCAGCCUCCGUUCAAUUACUGAGUCCCUGGCUGCUGAUUUAUUUGCUACUCAGAUAUGUGAGGCUGCUGUGGAGGAGAAGUAUGGGGAAUAUAGAGAGGCUCAGAUACUAUGAUCCUGAAUAUUUCAGCAGUAGAACACAUAAAAACCUGCAUUUAUCAUUGACUACUGCGUUGGAACUUUUCCUGAUACUUGCCUGUAGAGCCAGCACACAAUGGGACAAGAGACCAGAAACAGAGCUAUAUUUUUAUUUUCACCAGUCUGUGAGUGUGACAACAGAUGAAUUAGAAUUUCAUUGCAUUCAUAAAACAUAACAUUUUAUAUUCAUAAACUUUCCUACCUAUUUCAUACUUAUAUAUUCAAUACUUUACUGUAUUAUCACGAUCAAUUAAACCAUCGAUUUCUUUUAGAUAAGCAGUAAUAAUAACAAUUGCUGUCAAUUUGUGUUUUGUAUUUUUAGUCGUAUCAUUGCCCGUCGCCAAAGAAGAUGCCUUUCAGUAAGAUGGACCCCAGUUGUACCAUAGGCUUCUACUCUAGAAGUGUCCAGGACUACCAGACAAUCAGCCACGAACUGUCCAAGGUGGGUGAACUAAAGCCGUUACGAUUUGGUCAAAAUCAUCUUAGUUUAUUUCUUAAUAAUUGUCAUCAGAUAUCAUUAAUACCCCAAUAUGAAAGCAUAUAAUGUGAGUGAGAGGAAAGGAUAUAUGUGUUAACUGUAGAUAAAAGUGUCUGCUAUAAUGACCUUAUUAUACAUAUACAGUAUGUUGUAUGUCUAAGAGAAGUUCAAUGAACUGGCCACCAGGUGGCACUAUUUAGCUGUAAAUCUGAGGCAGUUUCCCCCUCCCUUCUCCUGUCCCUUGUCCAUGCUCUACAACUGUAUUGCUUUCAUGCAGGAUGCUCGCAUCUUAACUCAAUUAAACUUUUUAGACUUUUAUAUAACUUUCUUUAUGUCUGUGUUUGUCUGUGUAUCAGGUGUUGCUGCCAUCAGCAAAGGAGAAAUACCCAGCAUUCACUUUCAUGCAAGGUCACGGAAAAGAUUACAACCUUUCAGCAGAGUUGACCCCGGAGAAGAGGGAAUGGCCGUUUAUCCGUGACCCACAGAGAGCGGCCGCUACCGCUGGAGACUUCGUGCUGCUCUGAAGGCCGACGCCAAGGUCAAAGGUCAUGGUCUGAGACUUUUCAACGACUGGCAAAGUGACUUUACCAGACAGACUGAAACAGGCUUAUCCAAGGCCAGGACUCUGCAAACUGGACCUCUCACAACCCCAUCCCAGACAUGGAUCUGGUAUCUAUUACACAAUUAUGAAGAUACAUAGCCAGUAUUACAUUUUCCUCACACCAGCAUUCAUGACUUAAUACGCAAAACCUAAAAAUAUUAUAAUUAUCCUAUACUGUAGAUAGUUGCUGUUAGUUUUGACUGUUCCAUGGAAAUCAGUAACAUAGGGCAAAAUAUCAAACAAACAUACCAUGGGUCUGUAAGGGGUAUGAGGUUGUAAUGAGGGUUAUGCGCUGUACUGUAUCUUAUACACUGCAUUAUUGAUACCGAUGGAGAAUUGGGUGCCUUGGCUUAUUGGAAGACUAACUCUCAGCCAAAUAUAACACACAUUUGCCUUGUAAGGAAAUCAUUGCUGCACUUUAGUAGAUGGUAGUCAUCAUAGGAUAUGUGUGAGGAUAUCACUGUGGUUCUGUAGCUGGGCCUUAUAACAAAGUGAAGUGCUAUAGGAGAGUGCCGUUCACAUACUGUAAUUAGAAGUAUUUAGCAAUACUCCAAAAGUACUGGAGGUUUUAAUGGUAAAAUAUGUUCUAAGGUUACACUCUUGUGAUUUCGAGACCACAUUUACAUUAGGGGGAAAAGUUUUAUGUUGCCAAAUCAUUUCAAGAAGAUACAUUACUUUGGUUCAUAACAGUUAUUUAUUUAUUUCAAAGCAAAUUAAAUGUCUAAAUGGAAUGGUUUUCCAAUGUCACAGUCAAACCCAUCUAUAGAGGGGACCGGUACAAUACCUUGCUUCUCUUUGUACUUUCACAAUAAUUACACUAGUUACAAACUUUAAAUACACUAUAACCACAUACUAAGUUAAUUGCGGUAAUUGAAUCAUCUCAUUUAAAUGGUGACAUUUGUAGAAUCCACAAUUUGUUAUGUGGGUUGAAUGUAAUUGAAAUGUUGUACGAUUAUGUGUGACUGUUUCAAGAUCAGCCCCUGAACUGUAAAUGCAUAAAGACAGCUACAUUCUGCCCGUGUUGCCAAAUGUUCACAAAAUUCAGCUCUUUAUCACAAUAUUGAUUCUCACACUGCUGUGCAGCAAAGUAGAAUAAAGUCAUAAAACCUUUUAGAUUUUCUCAUCUGAUCUGUACACCUCUUUACAAGCAUUAAAGAGAGAGAGCUCUGGGAAAAACAAAUAUUUUUGUUUUGUCUCAUCUUGCAAUGCAUAAUACAAAACGUGUCAUGUGUUGAAGUCCUGUUUAUUACCCAGUCAAAUGUACUAGAUUAAAACUAAUCGUAUGUGCUAGCCAUCUCUACAGCCCAUUAACCAGCCGGCGGGAAAAAUGUGACCCUCUGACACAGGCUGGGAUUGUGUCCGC